GUCGCGCGGGAGCAGCGGCGGGGGAGAGGGGGGGAGAGAAGGGGGGCGGUCCUUCCGGCCCCUCACUUCCGGCCCUGGCGCCGCGGCGGACGGUGUGGCAGCGCCGCUCGGCCCGCUCCGCGCCCGCCCGCCCCGCCGCCCGCCGCCGCCCGCCCCCCGCAUGCAGCGCCGCGACGACCCCGCCGCCCGCCUGGGCCGGGGGCCGGGCCCCGGCGGCGCCCGGCAAGGGGCGCCCCCGCCGCGGCGGCCGCCCCGCGGAGGAGGAGGAGGAGGGGGGGGCCGGGGGGCCGCCGCCGGGGCGCAGCCGCCGCCGCUCCUGCCGCCCAGCGCCACGGCGGCCGCCGCCUCGGCCGCCCAGGCCGCCGCCCCCACCCCGCUGCUGCCCGGGGCCGCCGUCAAGAUGGAGCCCGAGAACAAAUACCUGCCCGAGCUGAUGGCCGAGAAGGACAGCCUCGACCCGUCCUUCACGCACGCCAUGCAGCUCCUCACGGCAGAAAUUGAAAAAAUUCAGAAGGGUGAAACAACAAAGAAGGACGAGGAAGAGAACUACCUGGAUUUGUUUUCCCACAAGAACAUGAAACUGAAAGAACGAGUUCUGAUACCUGUCAAACAGUACCCCAAGUUCAACUUUGUUGGAAAGAUUUUGGGACCUCAAGGCAACACCAUCAAGAGACUUCAGGAAGAAACCGGUGCUAAGAUAUCUGUGCUUGGGAAGGGUUCAAUGCGAGAUAAAGCAAAGGAGGAAGAACUGCGUAAAGGUGGGGAUCCUAAAUAUGCUCAUCUAAAUAUGGAUUUGCAUGUCUUCAUUGAAGUUUUUGGACCCCCGUGUGAAGCUUAUGCUCUAAUGGCUCAUGCCAUGGAAGAAGUCAAGAAGUUCCUUGUUCCAGAUAUGAUGGACGAUAUCUGUCAGGAGCAAUUCUUGGAGCUUUCCUAUCUGAAUGGUGUGCCAGAGCCAACUCGUGGUCGGGGAGUCCCUGUGCGGGGAAGGGGAGCAGCUCCGCCACCACCUCCGCCUGUUCCAAGGGGGCGUGGUGUUGGUCCUCCUCCUCCUCCUCCCCCCCCUCCUCGGGGGGCCCUUGUGCGAGGAGCCCCAGUGCGGGGUGCCAUUGCCAGAGGAGCUGCUGUAGCCCGCGGAGUACCUCCUCCCCCAGCAGUAAGGGGUGCUCCUGCACCAAGAGCGCGUGCAGCUGGCAUUCAGAGAAUACCGCUUCCUCCUCCUCCCGCGCCAGAAACCUAUGAGGAAUAUGGCUAUGAUGAUGCAUAUGCAGACCAGAGCUAUGAGGGGUAUGAAGGCUACUACAGCCAGGGCCAAGGGGACACAGAAUACUAUGAUUAUGGACAUGGGGAGGCACAGGAAACCUAUGAAGCUUAUGGCCAAGAUGACUGGAAUGGAACAAGGCCCUCCCUGAAGGCCCCACCAGCUAGGCCAGUGAAGGGGGCCUACAGAGAGCACCCAUACGGACGUUAUUAAACACAAACAUGAGGGAAAAAUAUCAGUUAUGAGCAAACAGUUGUUACUGAUUCUUGUAUCUCCCAGGAUUCCUGUUGCUUUACCCACACCAGACAAGUAAUUGUCUAACUGUUUUUCUUCGUGGCCCUUUUUCUCCCACUCCAUCCUCACCCUGCAUUCUGGCUUCUGUACGUAGUAUUUUAAAAUGAGUUAAAUAGAUUUAGAGGACCGACUUUAAUUUUUUUUAAGUGUGUAGAUUGCUUUUCUUUCUUUGUUGUUUAGAUAAACACAACUGUACCUUUUUUAAUAAGAAAAAGUUGAGUUAAAAUGUUAGUUUCAAAAGUGACAUGCUUGCUUAACAGUUAUGAAAUUAAGGUUUUGUUAACCUUUUAAGUUUGGUUUUAAGCAACCCAUAAAAGUUGUAGUUGCAGAAUCCCAAAGUAGGCUACAUUUCAAAAUUCAGGGCUGUUUUUAAGAAUUUAAAAUCAUAAUGUAACGGUAGUGGCUGCCACCGUUUAAAAGUAACCACAGAUAUCAGACUUUCCUUAAAAGCAGAUUGCUGAUGAAUCUUAAGUUUAAAUUUUAAUACAAAGGAUCCUCAAACAAAUUAAAUAGCAUUUUUUUAAAGUUAAUUGACUUAAAAGAAAAAAAUUAGGUUUGUAAAAUUGACUUUUCUUAUGUGGGUUUUGAAAUCUAGCCCCGAACAUGCAGUGUUGAGAGAUGCUUGGGAAGCAGUUUUUCCAAUGUAAAGGGGUUCUUAGCUUGGUUCUAUAUGAAGAACUUUUAAGAGAAGAAUAAAUUAAAGCAUGGCUUUAAUUGCCCAGUGUUUGAUAUUAGAAAACAGAGUAUUAAGUGAGUAGGUCUGAACUCUGUAAAAUUACAGUCUUCUCAUUUUUAUAGUGUUUGGGGCAGAUAAUACAGUGCAAGUUUAAAACUGACACAAAUCGUCAAUAUUAGCAAUCCCGUUGCCUUGUUCAAGUGUAUCUCAACACUAGCUUUACAUAAAAAGGGACACUGCAGCUGAAAAAAUGAGGAAAAAUUUCACUUUGUACAUAGGUUAAAGUCCUAAUUGGAUUUGUACACUGUCCUCCCACUCUGUUCUUGAAAAUUAAAUGCUACAUGUGUAAGUCUGCCUAAAUAGGUAGCUAAAACUUGUCAAAAUGUCUGCCGCAGUUUGUCAAUAAAGUUUAGUCCUUUUUUAAUCAAAGUAAAUGUGAUGAAUUGUCAUUUUUUUUGUUGAGCGAUAAAAUAGCUUUUCUCUUUUUUCAAAUAAAUUUAAAUUAAUGCUAAAGCUAAUUGUCUUUUUAAAAUAUGAAGACAUUUUUAAAAUGGUGUUUUUUUGUAAGAAUUACAGAAAGUUUAUCAAGCUCCUUGAAUGAGCUUAAUUUUUUUUUUUUUUAAAUGUUUUUCACCCCCUGGAAGUUGCUGAGCGCAGUUUGAUCCUGGGCUAAUGCAGAAAUCUGACUUCUGUCUACUGGAAGGAGUGUCUAUGGUUCUUAACUGAAUUAAUGAUUCAGAUUUUAGGUGGCCUCACAGGGUAUUCCAGACUGCAGACUCCAGAUUGAGUCUGAAAUGGCUUGUUUAAAAGUAGAAUGACAAAAUGAAUGCUGAAAAAAUCAAAGGCUUAGCUGCCACUAGGAGGAAGAUGAAGCUUGCUUUAUGUUUUAUAUAAACACCCCUAGCCCCCUUGACCCCCUUGGCUAAGACUAUGCCCUUCCUACUUUAAGCUAGCCUGUAUUUGGAAAGCCAGUUACAAAUGUGUCCCCAUUUGGGAAGGGUGCUGCAGUUGCUCCUCAUAUCCUUCUGAGAGGGUGUGUAUGUACAUAUAUAUUUAUAUAUAUUAGUUCAAAGGAAACUGCUUCUUAGAGAAACAUGAAAAAUGGUUUGUAUUUUCCCAUAUGCAAAAUAAAUUUGGCAUUCUAGGGGGAGAAAAUUAAACUGCUCGGGGGUGAAAAAUAGAACAUUAGGAACCAAACUGCUUGUAGCAGUGCAUGAUUGAGGGGAAUACUUUAAAACAAAAAAGUUGUAUUUGUAGAUUGUUAUUAAAGUGUAAAUAACUGAAUUUUCAACAAUGGUUUGGAGUCAGCUUUCAGGGCAUAAUGUCUUGCUUGAUGAAAAGAUCACCCUAUACCCCCCUUUUAAAGGAAAAUUAUCGCAGGAGAAUCAGGAUGUGUAAAGCUAACAUGCAUCGCAAAAAACAAAAGGUAACAUAAAUGUCUGAUUUUAAUAGCACAUUUCUCUUUUACAUAAACUGUGACGGCAACUUGCAUAAACUUUAUUGAAACAAUUCUUCAAAUGUUAAUUUUAAUGUAAAAAAAUGCAAAAAAUGUUUAAAAUAGACAUUUUAAAAAAACCACAUGCUUCUGCAUAAAUUAGCAAUAACUUUAAUAAUGUGCCCUUUGAAAAUGCACUGUAAUGUAAUGUGGGCAAAAAGGAAUCGGCAAGCUUAAAUAUCAAAAGAUGUAAAAUGACAACGAAUAUAGAUAGUCCUGCUACUGUCAAAAAAAAAAUCUGCUCAGUUAUUUAAAAAUGUAAAAUGAUGGCCCUUUUUAGACCCCAGUAUUGAUAUUUACUGUGACCUGUUCAAAGCUCAGCUUAGUUGCAUGUUUUCCUUCCUGUGUAAUUGCAUGCAGGAAUCUUUUCUUUUGAUUUGUGCUUACGUUAAGGAAACUCACAAAUAUCUUCAAUUUGCAGGAGUCAAGAGUACAUCGCUAUGAAUCACUUGGGUGAAGAAGAGCAGGGGCAACACGAAGUGGGCACAACUUUUAUAUCAAGUGGAAAAGAUUUGAUAGAGAUCAUCUAUUAUGAUGCAGUUUUUUACCAGUAGAAGUGGAUCUUGUGACACUGCCUUUGGAGUAAUACAGCUUUAUUGUGUAUUGCAUUUGUUUCUUGUUUAUGUGAAAGGUUUUAAUGUUAUGGAGGAAAGUAAAUCUUAAUAUAUUGAAAUUACUGUAUAUGCUAAAAAUAUUUUGAAAACAUGUCCUGCAUCAAACAUUUUCCUCCCUCUCAUAGCAUUACUACACUCAGAUUUCAGGCUAGAGCAUGCAAAAGCUAAUUUGAGAUCCUGAAAUAGCCAUCAGCAUCGGAUGUGUCUCUCAAAGAUGCUCUAAUUCGCCAGACGUUCCGGGGGUGAUAGAGGACUCACUAAAAUUUGUGAGGGAUAGGAAUUCCUUAGAGUACUGAAGUCUGAGUCACCUAAAUAACUUCCCCUUUUAUGCUGACACCUAGCCACUGGAUGUAGUAUUCUGCUGGCUGUUAGCAAACGAGUGCCACAGUGAUCGUUAAUCUCCAGAUUCCCCAAAGAACAAAUCCCCAUCUUACCAAAAUCCUAAAAAUAAUGGUUAAGGUCGCAAACAAGAUAAAGGCCCCGUUAUGCUUGGUAUUGUACAGCAUGAUAAUGUCAGUCGUGUCCUUGUCUGGAAGUGUUUCCCAACAAUAGCGUGCUUUCGAAGAGAAACUUGGCUCUAGAAACAUUCUGCAUUUCCCUGCUGCCGCAGGGCUUUGCCUCAGCAGGCGCAUCCUCUCUGGCCCUUGUUUCUGGGUGGCCGCUGCUUCUUCAGAGCCUAGUCCAGCCCUCUGGUAUAAGCAUUCAGGCUGGCCUAACCUGGAGCUGGUACAAACCUGGACUGUACACUCUCUCAGGGAGGUCUCGCCACCUGCAAUGGUUCACAGCCAGCAUCUUGGACAGCAACAGGAGCAUGAAACUGAGCUUGCAGGGAAAAUGCUCCAGCUGGUGUUGCAAAGAUGUCCCCUGUAGCUUUUCCUGGAAGGAGAUUGUCAUACUGUGCCCAUUCCUUACCUUUGGUUUCAAGUUGCUGUUCAGAUUAUUGAAUAAAGCAAAUGGUUAAAAGCAUUAUUUUAUAAGCUUACCUAUGAUGCUUUUAUUUCUAACUUAAUUCCUUAGCCUUACUGAAAGCAUCACAUUUUACCUUGAUAUGGCCCUCUGUAAAAUUCCUUAUUUGGUAAGUUGGGUCCGGCUUAAGAGCACAGCUGGAUUCCCUAUUUGGCUGCAAGAGCAGAUGAUUCUUUUUGUACAGAAUGAGUUUUUAAAUUUGUAUGAGAGCAUCUGUCACGAGCAGAGCCAGGAAAAACAAUUCAAAUGUGCACGUCUUCCUUUCCUCACCCCACGCUGCUGCUGUCCUAAGGAACGCUUGGGGCAGAGGGCAACUCCUGCAGCCUCUGCUAGAGCCCCCAAAUGGCCUCAGAGGAGAAGGGACCAGCUGUGACCUGUCUGCUGGGAGGUGCAGGGAAGAACAGGAGGUGCUGCUAAGGCCACUGUUCUCUAGGCUGGGAGAAAGAAGUGCAUAUAGUGCUUUUUUAGGAGUAAGACAUGGCUUAGGGAAAUUCUUUAAUUGAUAAACCUGUAACAUCUUGGAUGAGAUGCUGGACACAGGGCCUGUUUGUAAGCUUUGAGGGGGAGGAAUUUCUGCCGGUCAGUCAUCCCCGGUGGGAACUUCCAUCCCAAAUGUAGAUAUUAUUCUGCUUUUCUACUCAGGAAGCGCAGUUCCUGUGGGCAGAAGCCUUUACUGCUCAGCUGAGCCUUCCCUUACUGCCAUGUGUGUCAAUAGCAAUGUUUGUUUCCCUUCUCUUUUUGCUCCUCUUUGCAAAGUGGGAUGAAUCUCAAGUUAGUUGAUUUCAGAUAUGAUAAAGUAGCACAGUUAAGAUGCCUUUCACUUUAUUGUGGAUGGGAAAUAGGAAACUGCCAGCUUUUGUGAGUGUAUUGGAGGACACUAGAGUCUCCUUCGUCUGCCUCAAAAGCUGGAGGGUGAGGAGUGUGUGAGAGUACUGAAACAAAAAGUAUGCCUCCCAGUACAGCUGUUCCUUCUGCUGCUGGCUGUCGAACCCAGUACAGUCAAAGGCUUGUGCGUGGCAGCACGGAACAAAUCUCAGGUUUUGACACGACAUCAGUAGGUUCCACUUGUUACCUUUAUAGUUCUGCCUGGAAAACUGAGUUAAAAUACACGUGUCUGAAUACUCUUGGUUUUGAUCGUUCUACACAAUGAAAGUUUCAAAACCAAUAAGAAAUGGAAGAUUGGUCUUGUGAAAGUUCAUUAAUUUUAGAAAUGGCUUUGCCUCUAGCCUAGGCAGGGGUGGUUCACAAGAUUAUAUAAUAUUCCAUCUGUACUAAAGCGUCAGACACCCACAAGUUAAGGAAUUCAAUGAAAAAUACUGCAAGUGCUUGGUAAAGAUGGUGAAAAUUGAUCAAGGUGAAUCACAGUUUUAAAAUAACUUGCAUAGGAAACUGGCAAGCUUUUGCAUGGCUGGUAUUUAGCAGUAAGUGUUCAACAGAUGUUUUAAAUGAUUAGUCAUUCUUUAUAAUAAUAAAGGCCUAACAUUGAA